AUGACACCUUUCCUUCCUGGCUCAGAUUUAUGUUACGGGAAGUCACCCACUCUCUCAUACGAUUUUUCAGUCUUCUACGCUGGAAAACUUUUCACAGACGCGUCUUGUUCUGUAAACACGUUCUCGACCCUAACGGCACCUUUGCCCCACUCACCAGAAAAGGAGACUGCCUUCGGACAUAUUUUUAGGGAACGGAACCGGGUCGGUCCAUUUGGCGGGUCCUUCAAAGUUCAAACGUUCACCGGUAUUCAGCCAAUUUCAAAGGCUCUAAGUGGAAAGCACGCUAACUGGCUUUUUUCCCGACUCGGAGUCGGGAAUGCAGUGUGGCUGGCAUCGCGCGCGCCGACCAAAAUCCGCUCAACUCGCCUCACGCUCAUCCAAAGCCCGUCGUUCAUUGACAUUAUAGGCGAGGUACGCAUGUGCCUCGGAGCCGCCGAUGAACGAAUCCAGCACCAGGACAGGACUGUCACGCAACACCAGGUGAACACCGAGCUCCCGAAUUACCGCCCUUCUGACCCUCCGAAGCAACGCUCUCCCACUUCUCCCACCCCCACGCUCAUCCUCCUCGCUCAGGGUGCUUGUGCCUCCAUGACUGAAUCAGCUAGCUUGGCGCGUCCAAGUCGGCAUUUUCACCCUUCACAGGAUCAAGUGUUAAUCAAGUAG